CGGAGAAGCCGGGAGGCGGGAGGCAGGAGGCGGGAGGUGCCGCCGUUUAAGCGGCCUCCCUCCCGCCCCCAGCCGCCCGGUCUGGCCCUGGCCCUAUCCCGACCACCGGCCUGGCCCACUCCGGCCCUGCCCUGCCAAGCGGUCCGCCGGGCACCCGGGCGGCCUCCAGAGCAGCCCAAGCCCAUGAGGGCCCCGCGCCCGGCCGCCGGCGCUGACGAGACGGAGCUCCCGGCCCGCGAGGAGGAGCUGAGGAUCAAUGCGGUUCAAGAAUCGAUUCCAGCGGUUCAUGAACCACCGGGCCCCAGCCAAUGGCCGCUACAAACCAACUUGUUACGAACAUGCUGCUAACUGUUACACACACGCAUUCCUCAUCGUGCCGGCCAUCGUGGGCAGCGCCCUUCUCCACCGGCUGUCCGACGACUGCUGGGAGAAGAUAACGGCAUGGAUUUACGGGAUGGGCCUCUGCGCCCUCUUCAUCGUUUCCACGGUCUUCCACAUCGUAUCGUGGAAAAAGAGCCACUUAAGGACAGUGGAGCACUGUUUCCACAUGUGUGACAGGAUGGUCAUCUACUUCUUCAUCGCCGCUUCCUACGCGCCGUGGUUAAACCUCCGUGAACUUGGACCCCUGGCAUCUCAUAUGCGUUGGUUUAUCUGGCUCAUGGCAGCUGGAGGAACCAUUUAUGUAUUUCUCUACCAUGAAAAGUAUAAGGUGGUUGAGCUCUUCUUCUAUCUCACCAUGGGGUUCUCUCCGGCCUUGGUGGUGACAUCAAUGAAUAACACCGAUGGACUUCACGAACUUGCCUGUGGGGGCAUAAUUUAUUGCCUAGGAGUUGUGUUCUUCAAGAGCGACGGCAUCAUUCCCUUCGCCCACGCCAUCUGGCACCUGUUCGUGGCCACGGCAGCUGCGGUGCAUUACUAUGCCAUUUGGAAGUAUCUUUACCGGAGCCCCACAGACUUCAUGCGACAUCUGUGACCCACCUGUACUAGGUCUGCAAACCAGUAUUAUUUCAGUGAUGGCACUUGGGAGCGGGGUAGGAGCUGAGUGUUGCACAGGAGGAAAAGAAGAAGAGGACGGCUGCACUGACUUUAUGUAGUUUGAAUAUAAUUACUGUGAAAGCGUAGAUGCUGUGUUCUGGAACUUUCCAGAGCAAAGACGUAAGGUAGUAAAUUAACUAUUCAUUCCAUUCCACUAUCGUGCAGGACUCUGGAUAGACUUGGCCAACUGAUGUUUACAAACCAGAAUUUUGUAUUUUAAUUUUAGAGAUUUUACUACAUGAUUUUUUCUAAAUUACUAGGUCAGGUUGUCAAAGUCAGUGCAAUAGCGAAGCUUCCUUUUUUAAGAGAAAAUAGUAUCACUUUCCCAUCAGCCGUGUAAAGAAUCAUGGACAGAAGUUACACUACUUUUACCAUGUUUCAUCUUGGCAUAACAUGGUUAUUUUUUAAAUAGUAACUUUAGUUUUUUGUAACUUUUUAAAAAAGUGUUCCAUUGACGCACAUCUCCACAGUUCCUCAUCCAUGUGAAUUUUUGCAGCGAGCUGUCAACAUUCCGCAAAGAAACAAACAUUAUACCUCUUCUGAUAGUUUUAUUAGCCAUGGAGAAAUUGCCAAUUUUUAAAACCUGCAGUUUUCCAGACUUUUUCUGCCAACCUGUGACUCUGAAUUUCGUGCUGCUUUGGGCCAUCGACUCGACCUCGUGUAGUUUACUGAUGGUGGAAAAGUAUUUUAUAUCAUUAACUUUUUCAAAAGACCCAACUUUCCCUCUACGCCUUUGCCGUGUUUGCUUCAGGGCCGGUCCGGCAGUGGGCGGGGCUCGGGCUGCGUCACGUGGUGCCGGGCUGGCCGUGCACCGAAGGCUCCCGGGCAGCGUCCAGCCACGUGGUACGUGGUGGUGUUGCUGCUUGGGUGCCAGACCCUUGUCACCGAGCUCUGUUUGAUCAGUGUGUUACUCAUUUUUAAACCGUGGAGUUAGAUGCAUAAAUUCACAUUUCUACCUUUCUUCUCCAUCUUUCAGUGUACCUUGUUUGUUUUUGUUUUGUGGGGUUUUUUUUUUUUUUUUGAUAGAAGAAUAUUUAAAGCAUUGUCUGACAGAUAGAAACUCAUGUGCCUGUAGUCCAUGGGUUAUCUGCUAGCUCAGUGGAGUGGUAUUUAAAUGCAUUAUUUUUGGUUUUCCCUCAGUGUCUUAUAUUAAGAUUAACCUAUUAGUUGCUCUGUUGAUUAAUCCCCUGUUGGUGUUUUAAUAAACGAGACAACCUUGCCUUUAGAUCAGGUGCUGAUAUUGACUAUUUUCUAAUGGGUUUGAUCAAUGGAAUUGUUGGUUUGAUGUUACAUUAAGGCUUAUUCAUUGAUUUUGUGUGUGUGUGUUUAGAACUCUCUCAUUUUGGUGGAUUACAUGGGAGUGAGGAACAGAACUGAUAUUUACCGGUGAAUUUUUAAGUGAGCAAGGUGCUCAGUAGCAACACCAACCAGACCACCCUUACCUGCAUGAUUCCGAACACCCAGAUGCCUGUGUUUUAUUGUGUGUGUUUUAUUUUUAAUAUAGUAACUUUUGUGGAUUCAUUUAAAGUCUGCUCAGAAGUAACACUGUCAAAACCACUAAAAUAUAUGUAAAAAAAACUGUGGCUGUAGACUAGAAUAAAAUUAUUACUUGGAUUUGU